AUGUCGAAUUCAAUUGAUAAGAUUACAUCGAUAUUUGAAGACAUAUCAGUAAAGCAAGAAGACUCUGUUGAUGAGGACUAUAAAUUAAUAUCAAAGUCUGAGACAUCUUUGUCGCCUAUAGAUGAUAAAACUAUUAGAUUACUUGAACUAAUUGACGCCUAUGAGAAAUUAACUAAUGAAAAUAGAUUAAACUACAUAAAUGGGUUUCUUCAUUUGAGUAGAGCUAAUUACAAUAAUGGGUCCUUAAGCAAGAAAUUUGGGCCUGACUCUUUCGAUUUAAGGCCAUAUGGGGCUUGCAAACAAAUACAAGUUAAAGAUAAGUUUGAAUUAGUAGACUUAUUGAAAGCACAAAAAGAUAAGAGUGAACAAGCAAAAGAUAUAAGUGGACAAGCAAAAGAAACCAAUGAAAAGAAAGAAACAGAUGUAGAAUCAACAUUGAAGAAUAGAAAAACCAAAAAAGUUGAGAAAGAAAAGGAAUUCGAUAACAUAGAUGACAUAGAAUCCCAAAACUCAAAAUUGAAAGAUCCCAUUUCUCAAUUUGGUGGUUUAGUUCCAUAUCAGCUUAAACAAUCGCAAGCUUUUUUUGGUAACUGUUUGGAUAUAUCCAUAAAGAUAAUAAAUCUACAAAGAGAAAUAAAAAAAUUAAUUGAAGAUAUUGAAGAAAUAUCUAAAUAG